AACUCAGUUUCCCAUGGUUCAACGAUGGUCCGUCUGCAGUGAUGUAAAAAGGACUUGCUUACAUGAGACAACGUAAAGUGUGCGUAUGCGUACGGGUUGGGUUGUGUCUAUUGGCGUUUGUGUGUAUCUCUGUGUGUGUAUGCGUGAUCUAGCUCUCAUUGGGGCACGGAGCCGCCGCAUCCCCCAUCGCAGUGGCAAGAGCAGCUGCAUCGCCGACUCGGGCUGGGCUGCAGCGGCGGAAAGCCAAGGCGUCACCGACAUGCACGGAUUAUCACUUCACUGCUGUUGAAACGUGAUCUAAAGGGUGUUUACGAGCGACAACGUGUGUAUGAUUUCAUUCAUUGGUUAUUGUGUGCGGCUAGCGCUGUCUUUUGUUUAUGAAAUUUCCGCAGCAGAGAUUCGGGGGGAGAGUAAAUAUGCUUACAGUAGACGCAGCAAAUACAGUCUACCAUCGCGUGAUGCCUUAUGACAGCUGAUUUGAUUAGUCUCGUGAGCAAGGUUUCAGAUUUUUGUUGUUGACACCCCGGAAUCAAAGAAGAAAAUGUCCAAAACCAAGAAUUGUGAGACGGUAAAGGUGGUGGUUCGGUGCCGUCCGCUCAACCAGAAGGAGGAGACGGCUGCUUACGAGAAUGUCGUUGACAUGGAUGUAAAAUUGGGACAGGUCGCGCUGCGGAACCCCCGGGCCGCCCCCGGCGAGCUCCUCAAAUCCUUCACCUUCGACGCAGUGUAUGAUGCCAGCUCGAAGCAAGGCGACCUGUACGACGAGACUGUACGGCCGCUCAUAGACUCAGUUCUUCAAGGCUUCAAUGGCACCAUCUUCGCCUAUGGCCAGACUGGCACUGGGAAGACAUACACCAUGCAGGGCCAGUGGCAGGAUCCGGAGAAGCGCGGUAUCAUCCCUAACACGUUCGAACACAUAUUCACGCAUAUAUCUCGCUCACAGAACCAGCAGUACCUGGUGCGCGCCUCCUACCUGGAAAUUUACCAGGAGGAGAUCCGGGACCUUCUCGGUAAGGACCACAGCCGCAAGCUGGAGCUCAAGGAGAACCCGGAUUCGGGGGUCUACAUCCGUGACUUAUCCUCCUUCGUUACAAAGAAUGUCAAAGAGAUCGAGCAUGUAAUGAACGUGGGCAACCAAACGCGCUCCAUUGGUUUCACAAACAUGAAUGAGCACAGCUCGCGCUCGCAUGCCAUCUUUCUCAUCACGGUGGAGUGCAGUCAGAUGGGGCCCGAUGGGCAAAACCACAUUCGGGUGGGCAGGCUCAACCUGGUGGACCUGGCAGGCAGCGAGCGGCAGGCCAAGACCGGCGUCCGGGGAGAACGUCUGAAAGAGGCCACCAAGAUCAACCUGUCACUGUCAGCGCUGGGGAACGUUAUCUCAGCGCUGGUGGACGGACGGAGCUCACACGUCCCUUACCGCGACUCCAAACUCACGCGGCUGCUCCAGGACUCCUUGGGCGGCAACGCCAAAACACUGAUGGUGGCCACCCUUGGGCCGGCUGCCUACAACUACGAGGAGAGCCUCACCACGCUACGCUACGCCAACCGCGCCAAAAACAUCCGCAACAAGCCGCGCGUCAACGAGGACCCCAAAGACGCUCUUCUGAGGGAAUUCCAGGAGGAGAUCGCCAGGCUGAAGGCCCAGCUGGACAAGCGAGGGGUCUUGACAAAGGAGAGAAAAGAGAGGAAGAUGAAGCGAAUCACAGAGGAUGGGGAGUCUGAUGGAGAGCUGAAAGAUGAAGAGGAGGAGGACGAGGAGGAGGUAGAGGAGGUGGUAGAGGAGGUAGAGGAGAGCAGUGUGGAGAAGGAGGCCAGGGCCUAUGUGCAACAGCAACAGGCGAGACUGGAGCAGGAGAAGGCAGCCAUCAUGGAUGACCGCAGCCUGGUGGCGGAGGAGAAGCACAGGCUCCUGGAGGAGAAGGAGAAGAUGGUGGGAGACCUGAGGAAGGAGCAGGAGGCUGCCGAGCUUCUUACCACUAAAGUCAAGGCACUGGAGAGCAAGCUCCUGGUUGGGGGGAAGAACAUCAUGGAUCACACCAACGAACAGCAGAAGAUGCUGGAGCUUAAGAGGCAGGAGAUUGCAGAACAGACACGCAGCGAGAGGGAGAUGCAGCAGCAAAUGCUGGCUCAGGAUGAGGAGACCCUGGAGCUCAGAGAGACCUUCUCCUCGCUGCAGCAGGAGGUGGAACUCAAAACCAAGAAACUCAAGAAGUACAAAAAGUUGUAUGCAAAGCUGCAGGCAGUGAAGGCUGAGAUCCAGGACGUGAACGAUGAACAUGUGAGGACCCGGCAGGAGCUAGAGCAGACUCAGAAUGAGCUCACCAGAGAGCUGAAAUUCAAAUACCUGAUUAUUGAGAACUUCAUCCCACCUGAGGAGAAGAACAAGAUCAUGAACCGCCUGGUGUUCGACACCGAGGAGGACCAAUGGAAGUUCCAACCCCUCGUUCCUUCAGAAAACAAACACACUCAGAUGAAGAGGAGACCGGCCUCCGCGGUGGGCUACAAGCGACCAAUCAGCCAGUACGCCAGGGUUGCCAUAGCGAUGGGAGCCCAUUCCAGAUAUAGGGCGGAGAAUAUCAUGAUCCUGGAGCUGGACAUGACCCCACCCACCAUGUUCCAGCUGGAGUUCGCCAAGGCAGGUGCAGAGGCCGAGCCGAACCGGGAGCUGCACCUGGACAACGCCACCUACCGGGAGAGGUCCACUGCCCCACGGGUCAGGAAGUCCCGCUCAUGGUGCCAGGCCCCUCGAGCGCUGUCCUCAUCCGCCUCCACUCUCUCGCUGGCGUCCUCAGGGUCUCACAGCCUGCCCCAUCCUCACAGCUCCACGGCAACCAAAGUCCACCACUGAGAGGAGAGGAACCCCCGCCUCCUCCUGCCUGUGCAACUUCACCGCACCAGCGAGGAGUGAUUGUGAACGGUUUAUAACCUCUGAGGAAACACAGAUUGCUUAAUGCUUCGUCAUGGUGUCAGGCGUCCACAGAGUUACUUAAUGCUUCGUCAUGGUGUCAGCGUCCACAGAGUUACUUAAUGCUUUGUCAUGGUGUCAGCGUCCACAGAGUUACUUAAUGCUUUGUCAUGGUGUCAGGCGUCCACAGAGUUACUAAAUGCUUUGUCAUGGUGUCAGGCGUCCAUUGGAAUCAACUGGACAUUUCCUCUCUUCUUCAUCAUCAGUCUUCUACUUCCCCUCUUUCUACCUGUCUCUCUCUCUCUCUCUCUCUCUCUCUACCUAUCUCUCUCUCUCUCUCUCUCUCUACCUAUAUCUAUAUAUCU